AUGGGUCUUUUAACUGAAGGUAGUCCAUUGUCCUGGGAGGAGACCAAAAAACAUGCCCAACAUGUUCGGGAACAUGGAAUAAUACAGUUUAUUAAUCUCUACAAAAAAUUAAGAGAUCGUGAAGGAGACAUACUUAAAUGGGGUGAUGAAGUGGAAUACAUUAUAGUUAAGUUUUUUGAUGACAAGAAAGAGGCAAAGGUUAGUUUAAGAAGUCAUGAAUUGCUUACCAUCCUUAACCAAAAAGAACAAGAAAAUCCUAAUGGUGUAAAGUCUUUAUGGAGACCAGAAUUUGGAGCUUAUAUGAUUGAAGGAACUCCUGGACAUCCCUAUGGAGGUUUGCUAGCUCACUUUAACAUAGUGGAGGCCAAUAUGAAACAUAGGAGACAAGAAGUUAUGGAAUUGCUUCGUCCAAAUGAAACUAUUAUGAGCAUUACUAGUUUUCCAAGAUUAGGUUGUGAAAAUUUUACGGAUCCCUCUAUAAAACCGACACCUGACAAAGGAGCUACCAGGUCCCUAUUUUUCCCGGAUGAAGCGAUCUAUCCUGGUCAUCCUAGAUUCGCGAAUUUAGCCAGGAACAUUAGAAUGAGGCGUGGUGAAAAAGUUGCCAUUAAUUUACCAAUAUAUAAAGACAUAAAUACGAAGAUACCGGUCGAUGAUUCCAACCAACACAGCAAGGCCGCUUUAGAAGAUCAUGUUUACAUGGACGCUAUGGGUUUUGGUAUGGGUUGUUGUUGCUUACAACUCACGUUUCAAGCAUGCAACAUCACGGAAGCCAGAACUUUAUAUGAUCAACUUACGCCGUUGUGUCCCAUUAUGUUGGCAUUUACAGCUGCCUCACCUCUCCAUAGAGGAUUCAUUACAGAUAUAGACUGUCGAUGGAACAUAAUCUCCGGAUCGGUGGAUUGUCGAACGGAGGAAGAACGUGGUCUGAAACCGUUGAAAGAAAAUAAAUUUGUUAUUAAAAAGUCCCGAUAUGAUUCAAUCGAUUCCUACUUGUCUCCUCAAGGCGAAAAAUAUAACGAUAUACCUCUUUUAUAUAACGAGGAGGAUUACAAGAAAUUGAUCGAUAAUGGAAUAGAUCCCUUGCUAGCAGGACAUAUAGCGCAUUUGUUUAUUAGAGAUACGGUAUCGUUAUUUUCUGAAAAGGUUCAUCAAAAUGAUGAAGAGGAUUCGGACCAUUUUGAAAAUAUUCAGUCAACGAAUUGGCAGACGAUGAGAUUUAAACCUCCACCUCCUCAAUCAACGAUCGGAUGGAGAGUAGAAUUUAGACCGUGUGAGGCUCAAAUUACAGAUUUCGAAAACGCUGCUAUAGUGUGUUUCGUAGUACUAUUAACCCGGGUGAUACUUUCUUACCAGUUAAACUUCUUAAUACCAAUUAGUAAAGUGGAUGAAAACAUGCAACUAGCGCAAAAGAGGAACGCUGCACGAGACCAGAAAUUCUGGUUUAGACGAGAUAUCACCACACACGUGAGUCCACCCGCAGCAAACGAGUGUUGCAAAGGAACUACAAAAGACUGUGAUAUGUUUGUUCAAAUGACUAUUAACGAAAUCAUUAAUGGAAAAGGGGAAGAAUUUCCUGGUCUUAUUCCACUUAUUAACAACUACUUAAGCGGCAUGGACGUUGACGCCGACACGCACUGCACAAUUCAACAGUAUUUGAAGUUUAUACAAAGGCGAGCAUCAGGCGAAAUCCUUACAACAGCUUCAUGGAUAAGAAAAUUUGUUACAGAACAUCCAGAAUAUAGGCACGAUUCUGUAGUGACAGACCGAAUAAAUUACGACCUUCUCAAGACAAUCGAGGAAAUUCAAUCCGGCAAAAAAUACUGUCCCCUGCUUUUAGGAACCAGCACGAUGUCAAAAACUAAAGAAAAUAUACCAUCGGCUUUAAGCAAUGAUUGUUAA